UUAAUCGGAUUUUUAAUUCUCAAUUUUUCAGUCUUUUUAUUUCCAAAACGGAGGGAAAUAUGUAAAGCCUGUUGGCGGCAAAUCUGUAAAUCUUGUCAUUGCAAACCCUUUCUCUCUGCUUAUUACCGUCAAAAGAAGGUUAGUUCUUGGUGUUUAAGAACACUCACUCGCAAGGAAGCUAGGGUUUUGGAAAUGAAUAGCAACAAGAAAAAAGCUAAUAGGAGACUCAAAUCUGUUGGAGAAGAUCGCAUUAGUGAGUUGCCUGAUGCGAUUAUCAUCCAUAUCCUCUCUCUUUUACCAUCAACCAAAUUAUGUGCAAAGACAUGUGUUUUGUCUAAAAGAUGGCAGCAUCUAUGGACCUAUGUGCCUAACAUCACUCUCUCUCAAUAUGACUUCCCCUAUAAUGAACGUAAGAACAUCAUAAAAAGAGUUGUCAACGAAACACUAGCCUUCCACUCUUCUUCAAAGCUCAAUAAUUUCUCCAUCAAAAUUUCAGAUUUACAAGAACUGUAUCCUUCAAUUGAGUCCUGGCUUCAAUUAGCUGUGGGAAGAGCAGUUGAGUCCCUUACAUUAGAAUUUAGUGGAAGCUCGACUUGUUAUUUGUUGCCUCAAUUCCUAUACUCUAAUUCCAAUAUCCGAAGUUUAACUACUAAGUUUUGCAAAUUUGUGCCUGAUGAGAGAAUUUCAUGGUCAGCCCUUAAAGAGUUGAGCAUACGGCAAUCAACUUUGACUGAUGAAGACAUUCAAAACAUUUUGUAUGGGACUCCACUUCUUGAGGACUUACAGUUGAACUACUGCCAUGGAAUCAAAUUACUCGACUUAUCUUUAAAACCUAAGUUGAAAAAUUUGGUCAUAAACGUUAAAGAAUUUUAUUUUGAGGGUUGUGAAUUUGAGCUUAAAAUUGUGGGUCCUUAUGUCGAGACAUUAAAACUUUACUGGACUCGGGAUAAUCUCAGGUGUAAGUUGAUGAAUAUGUCAUCUUUAGUUAAAGCUACCCUGGAUAUUGAAUUUACAGAUGAUGAAGAUGAUGAAGAUGGUGAAGAUUAUUACCAAGAGUGGUUUCCUAAUAUGCUUAAGGAGCUCGUUGAGAAUGUCCUUUCUGCUGAGCAACUACAACUAGCGAAUUUCUGUACUCUGGCUCUCUCGACAUUGAGAAUGGAUGUUAUGGCGUCUCUAUCAUCAAAUUUGAAAUCUUUAAAUGUCGACUGUCACGGUGAAGAGUACCUCUGUGGGAUUGAACGCGUUCUUCAAUGCUCACCUAAGCUGGAGAAGUUAGAUAUAUUUUUCGACUACGGUAGGUCCUCUAAGUCGAAAUCUAAUGGCUAUAGAAAGGGUUAUUGGACAAAUGCAGAGAUACCGAGUUGUUUGGAUUCCCAUCUCAAGACCAUCGAGGUAUCUGGCCUGAUAAGAACUCGAGUUGUAGUCGAAUUUCUCCAGUUCUUGCUCAAGAAUUCAAGAGUAUUGGACAAGAUGAUCUUCCGUCAUUAUAACAAUAAUUAUGGUUUGAAAUUGGCUGAGAAGUGGUCAAGCUUCCCAAGGUCCUCGCAGCAAGCAGCGUUUCUAGCUCCUAAAUGAUAGUACUAUAUAUAACAAUGUAGUAAGAAUAUUUGAGAUUGCUUUUUUUUACUCAUUAUCCUUUUUAAUAGAAUAUGAUGAACUCAUAUAGAGGCUCAUGUACUUUUUGAUUUUUAUUUAGUUCGCUCUUCAUAAAUUUUAUUUUA